UGUCUCACUGUCACUGUCACCCUGUCCCUGUUGUCCCCCUCCAUGGCAGGGGGACCCCAAACCCUGUGGCCUCUUCCCCGCUGACCCACAGAUGACCCAACACAGCUGUCCACACUGACCUGUGGGGGCUGGACUGGGCUCCUGGCCAGACUCAUCCCACUGGGAAUGUCCCAGUGUCGCAUCCCAUGGGAACGCCCCCGGCAGGUCCCAUAAAAGCCCUUCCAGCCCGGUGGGAAGCAGGAGCAGGAUGGGGCUGUGCCGGGCGCUCACGCUGCUGCUGCUGCUGGGGCUGGUGGGAGCUUCCACGCCGGGGCCCGACGGAUCCACGGCGGUGUGGGACGGAUCCAUCCCAACGUCCUCGCCGGGAUCCGGGGCCGUGAGCUACGAGGCCGUGGUGGCGGCGGCCAUGGAGCUGCUCAACUCCAGGGCUGUCAGUCCCUACGUGCUGCGGCUGCGGGAGGCCCAGCCCCGGCCCGGAUGGCCCUCGGACCUGCGGAGCCGGCAGGAGCUGAGCUUCACCCUGGAGGAAACCACGUGCCGGAGCCCGGGAGUGGCCCCCACGGGCUGCAGGAGCCGCUGGCUCGGGGCGCUGACCUGGUGCCAGGGCUCCGUGUUCCUGGAGGAGCAGCAGCCCACGGUGGAGCUCUCCUGCGGGAAGGCUCCCACCAAGUUCGGCCGGAUCCGGAGAUCCAAGGUCAAGGAGUUCUUUGCCAGGAUCAAAGAGCGUUUCCAGAGCAUCUUCCAGUGCAGUCGGAUCUGGAUCCGCGACAAGCUCAACCUCCAGGUCCCCAAACCCUGAGGGGGCACCCCUGUGUCCCCCACCCUGGGCCCCCAUCCGGGUGCUCUGCUGCCAGUAAACAUCCCUGCAUCAA